GUCAUAAUUGUAAGUUGGACAUUAGCGAUAAAUCAAGUCAUUGUUCGAUGAUUCUUCCUGUGUGGAUUUCCCAUAUGUCAAAUCCAGAAUAAGAAUGUCUUGUAUAUGCCCUUUUAGAUACUCAGUCAGACUCUAGUUUCAUUUCAGAUACGACUUGCGAUCAGUUAGGUAUCGAUGGACCCCACAUACAGUUAUCAUUAUCAACAAUGUUUGCGAAAGAUAUGCGAGUAGAUAGUCGUAAAAUGACUGGUUUAAUUAUCAGAGGACAUAACUGUGACAUUAGAAUUCCUUUGUCAACUGCGUAUACAAGAAACGAAAUACCUGCUAAUCGUUCUCAUAUCCCUACACCUGAAAUAGCUUGUAGGUGGCCUCACCUUGAAACAAUUGCGAAUGAAUUAAUGUCACUGAACUCUUGUGAGAUUGGUUUGCUUAUUGGUUAUAAUUGUUUCCGUGCGUUAUUACCUCGUGAAGUUAUCCCCCCUGUAUUGAAUGAACCCUUUGGUCAGAAGACAGAUCUUGGAUGGGGAAUUAUUGGUAAUGUUGAUCCAGACAUGAAUAAUGAACUUAAAUGCGAUGAGUUUAUGUUUUGUAGUCAUAAAACUGAGAGUAAUGUUCAACCACUUCAUUCGAUUAGAGAAGUCUCCGAUCAAAACAUUCGAACACGACUUAAAGAAAUCGUAAGCCCUUUUAAUAUUCUCAAGAUUUUAGAAACUGACUUUAGUGAUCUCCACUCUUGCAGUAAUCAAACAUAUUCACGUGAAGAUAAACAGUUUUUGAAUAAAAUGUCAGAAAGUAUACAUUUAACAUCUGAUAAUCACUAUGAGAUGCCCUUGCCAUUUAGAGAUAGGGAACCUACACUUCCUAACAACCGAGCUCAUGCGUUACAAAGACUUUUACCAUUGCGUAAUAAAUUUAAGAAGGAUGAAAAUUAUCGACAUGAUUAUCGUCAGUUUAUGUCAGACAUUAUAAGUAAAGGAUAUGCAGAAAAAGUUCCUGCGGAUGAACUUCAUCAAGAUAUCGGUAGAGUAUGGUAUAUCCCUCACCACGCGGUUUACCACCCGAAGAAGCCUAACAAAAUACGCGUAGUAUUUGAUUGC